AUGGACGACUUGAACGUCUUGCGAAUCGGCCUGGAAGAUGAAUUUCCUCGCGGACUUUCAAAUGCCAUUAUCGCCAGCCCAACCAUUUACGAUCUCAUUUUCGACGACUGUUCCCCCGCUGUCCUGCUUCGGUUCUCAAGGACGUGCAAAGCCGCAACUAUUGCUGUCCGUUCUUACAUACGCCGUGCGCUGAACAUUAACCGUCUUCUGUCGCGCUAUUUUGACGACCCCGUCGCGUUCCGUUCGAUCCAAGCGAGCACCGGUACUUUGAUCUCGGGUUCCACCGCGGUCCAGUUUCUUGGACGAUGGUUCUAUCCCGAUUCCGACCUUGAUUUAUAUGUACCCAUGAGACACUCUCGCAAGCUAGGGAAGUGGCUCAUGGACGCUGGAUACGUGUUCUCGCCAAAUACAGUUCAGGAUGCGGAUUUUUUUACAGAGCUGUUGAAAAUGGUAGAAUCCCACGAGCGCAACAGUUUGUCGACAUCGAAGGUUAACACGGGGAUGAUAUAUCGCAUGCCUGGAGUUGCAGCCAUCUUCAACUUUGUGAAGGCUGUCGGUCCUGGAUCACCGGAUUUUCUCAAAGUGCAAAUCAUCGCGUCGCUCAACAGUCCCGUCGCUUGCAUAUUUGAUUUUCACUGUACUUGUGUCAUGAACUUGAUCACUCACGAAAAAGCGUACGCCCUCUAUCCACGCGCCACGUUUGAAGACCGCUGCGCGCUUCUCUGUCGUUCCGAUGGCCCGACCGUUAUUUUGAAUCAAGCGUUGGACAAAUAUGCCAGGCGUGGCUGGGAAAUUCGGCGGUACAGAUCUCGCGAGCCCGGAUUCGACCCCGCCCUCCGAUCUACCUCGCGUUGGAUCGACGAUGGCCUCUCCUGGGUCGUCGACCUGGACAUGGAAGGCGUUGAGGUGCCUGCUGCGCCAUUGGACAUGCGCACGGAGGUGCCGCCGGACUCAGUCACAUACACGAACUGGCAGCUGCUAUGGAGCUGGAGCGAGCCUUACAUCUACUGCACUUUACUUCGAUCCCCGUUGCUGGACGCUACAUAUGUUGUAACGGAUGCGCUCUUGGUGAUGCUGCUGCGCGGUGCUUUCCAAGGCGUGCGAAGUGGGACAGAAGAUGUCAACAGGACCAUCCGGGACGUCUUGAAGAUUGAACAUCCCAGAGCUAUGAUCGCAUCUUGGGAAGUAUAUGUGACAGCUAUCGGAAUACCCUUCAGCACACGGAGCUUCCACCCUUCUUGUCUGCGCGGUCGCAAAGGUGGACUGAAAUCAUCGAUAUAUAGGAUGAAUUCUGUAAACAACUUAUUACGCUCACACAUGUAG